AUGGCUCACGAAGAAGAAGAAGUGCCUAAAAAGGUCCGAUACCCAUUGGACUCAAACUCCUACAACAUUCUUCAUGAAGUUGGUUUUAGUGAAGGCGCUGUUGUUUACAAAGCCGUAUGCGUCCCCCUGGACUCCAUGGUGGUGGCAAUCAAAGCCAUCGAUCUUGAUCAAUCCCGGGCGGAUUUAGAAACUGUUAGACGCCAAGCCGAGAGCAUGUCGCUUCUCUCCCACCCAAACAUCCUCGACGUUCACUGUUCCUUCACAGUUGAUCAUCGCCUUUGGGUGGUGAUGCCAUUCAUGUCCGCCGGCUCUUUACAAUCCAUAAUAUCUUCUUCUUUCCCAGACGGCUUAUCCGAGCCAUGCAUUGCCAUAAUUCUCAAAGAAACUCUAAGCGCCUUGUCCUAUCUUCACAACCAAGGAUACCUUCACAGAGGCAUCAAGGCCGGUAACAUCCUCAUUGACUCCAACGGGUCCGUGAAGCUUGCAGACUUUGGAAUGAUCCCAUCGCCCGUUGUUGCGGGCACGCCUUAUUGGAUGACCCCGGAGCCGGAGGUAAUAUACUCGGAAAAGGCUGAUGUAUGGUCCUUAGGAAUCACUGCAUUAGAAUUGGCCCACGGACGCCCUACUUUGUCGACAAUUAAUAUUCGGCCCAAGAAUGACAAUCACGAGAAGUUCUCCAAGGCUUUCAAAGACAUGGUGGCUUCUUGUCUCCAUCAAGACCCAUCAAAGAGGCCCUCGGCAGAGGAAUUGUCAAAGCAUUCGUUCUUCAAGAAUUGCAUGGAUUCGGGUUUUCUUGUAAAGAAUGUCUUGCAGGGGUUACCUAGUGUUGAAGAAAGGUUCAAGGCCGAGGGUGGUGACUCAGCGAGGCAGAGUAUAAAAAAGUGGAGGAUCACUGGGUGGAGCUUCAGCGAGGACAGGUUUGAACUCGACCCAGUCUUCCCAGCAGAGUCCAGUGCUGCUGACGAUUCGGUUGUGAAACAAGUUCGGUUAGGCGGUGAGUCUAUAAUAAUGGAAGACAAGGGAGGUGCGUCGGGCGGGUCAUCAUCAGCCGAGUUAAAUAUUAUUCCGACUUUACCGGGUCAAUUUGUGGAAGAGGCGGCCCUAGUGGGUUGUCACAGUGAGGCUGAGAAUAGAAGAAGUGGUGGUGAGGGUGUGGAUGUACCGGAGGGUCUGGUGGCGUUGAACAUUAGCUUGGAUGAGCAAAGGACAGAGGUGAGAAGUACUGUGAUUUGUCAGUUAGGUGGGGAGGUGAGCAUGGAGGGGGAGGAGGAGGAGAAGGCUCAGUCUUCCCAACUGAUCGAGUCCAGUGCUGCUAACGAUUCAGUUGUACGUGAAACAAGUUCGGUUUCGCCGGAGAAGCUAUAUAUAAUAAUGGAUGUGCUAGUACUGCAGAUUCUGGCGGCGAUGAAGAGAAGCUUGGAUGCGGCGAGCAGUCUGAUUUGUCAGUUACGUGGGGAGGAAGGUGGGGAUCCUCAGGUCAUAGAGAGGCUGUGGGUUGACUUGGAGAUUGAGAAAAAGAGGCACUUCGCCUUGCAAUUGGUGCUGGAAACUGUGCUGCAGGUUGACUUGGACAAUGCCGAAGAGAGGAACUUGGCGUUGCAGUUGGUGUCGGAAAUUGUGCUGCUCUUCAUUGAAGGAACGACAUAA